CGAAACCUAUGCCUCAGUUCACAGCUCCCCACUCGUUCAAAGCAUCCUCCACACUUUUUCACGAUAACUCCACAGUUAAUUUCUCUCUCACCUCCGAUCUCCGAUCGCCUGCGUCACCAGACCUUGUUAGACCUCCGAUUCCCGGCGACGCUAGCUACUGUAUCGCCUUUUUCCGAUCUCCUGGUACAGAGUAUGCUUGUCCGAUCUCCUCGUUUUAGACCUCCUAUGUGCUUUAUGUUGUUUACAUCAGAAGAAGAACUAACAAACGGUUCUGGGUUUAAGUUUUGAUUCCAGUUUAAAUCAAUCUCGCCUUCCAUCUCUUUUUAGUUUGAAGGUAUCAAUGGCAAAAGUUAUAGAGAAGUUCUUUGUAACAUCUAUGUUGAUGUGGGCUGUUCCUAUUGCAAUUUUGUACGCCUUCAACAACAAUCUAUUUCCUGGUUCUGCUGACAUGUCUCCAUAUUCAGUGACACUAAUAAGUGGAUUUCUUGCUGUUGUAUCGGUUAAUAUCGUAAUAGCAUUCUACAUUUACUUGGCAAUGAAAGAGCCUUCAGAGAAACACGAGCCUGAUCCUAAGUUUGUUUCAGAAGCUGAGGCGAGUGUCAAACAUCUGGUAGUACCCAGUCAAACACAGGAAACCGAGUCGACUCAGGAAAGCGAGUCGACUCAUAAGAAAGAAGAGUAAAAAGAGAGUAUUUGAUGAUUUAGCAUGUGCUUUUCGGUUGUCAUACUAUCUAUAUGCAUUCUUGUACAUUUUUAUUUUUAUAUGCCGUGGAUCUUUAAAGGAUUCUUUUUGUUAGUAAUUUCGUAUUAAUUGUUUUCCUGGAUUAAAGGCACAACAUGACAUAGCAGAUUGUACUGUGUUUGACAUGAGAGAUAGGAUAUGAAUGACUUCAUUCUCAUCAUUGAAAACAUGAAACAAUCGAAGCCUUAAUAGCUUUGAUCUUAUUUGUCA